GAGACAUGAUAUUUUGGUAAUUUUGGGGAUAUUGAAAUCAAAAUAACUAUUUUGGAUGGUGUGAUAAACAAUUACAAUAAUGGAAACAGACGAACCUUUUAUGAAUUCAGAUGUCUUCAAUGUCAACGAUAUUGCAGAGAUAGAAGAUUUUCUGAGCAAUUGCGAUGAAGUUUUCAUGAAAAAAUUAGAAGAAGAGUUAGCACUUGGAGACAAUGAUACCGGUCUGUUAAGUAUAGAUACGAAAGUGAAGUCUGAAAAUGCGCCGCAACCCCAAGUGUCACCCUACUUUAACAAUUACAGCGGCAAUCCCUUAGUUUCUCAGAACGCGCACAAAGUUAAGUCACAACAGCUACCGCAAGUGACUCCUCUGCAGGUGACGCCUCAAGGGUCUCCACAGUUAAAGAGUAGUCCAGUUCGGGGAGUAUAUGAUAGAGAUGAAGCGUACAAGUUGCGUCAUACGGAAGGUUUGCCGUUACCCGACGUUACACAGCAGACGCAGCCCCGGCCCGCUGCCCAACCGCCCAUGAUCGUCCAGCAAGUUGUCCAAAGUCCAGUUUACCUAAACCUAGCUCCUGGAACAUUGCAACCCCUGCCUGAUGGUAGAAGCUCUCUGUUAUUUGAUGGAGUCACACAAGUCAAAGCACCUAAAAAUAUGCCGCCUAAUCAGCCUUUAUUAAUAAAGAGUAAUACUAAAGGCAUGACACCUGUAAUAAUUAAGAGUACAGAUGCUAAUUUCUCUCCAGUAAUUUUUCAGUCAAGUAUAAUUAAUCCAGAGACGCAGACUUUGAUGUACACAACGGCGCCAGUACAAGGAACAUCACAGAAUGUUAUAACAAAUCCGAAAACCGGUCCAGAUAGGCCAAUUCAGACAUUUUUUACAACCAGCAACACCCCCACUCUUUUAACAACUGGUAUUCCUGUAGUUUUGGAGGGGGACAAGAUAGCGCUCAGCCAAGCACCACACACCGGCCCUCCUAUAGUAAAGGAAGUAAAGAAGAGUGCUCAUAAUGCUAUUGAGAGGCGUUACCGAACCAGCAUCAAUGAUAGAAUUGUGGAACUAAAAAAUAUGCUUGUUGGGGAAGACGCUAAGUUGAACAAAUCUGCUAUAUUAAGAAAAACGAUAGACUACAUUAAGUACCUUCAGAAUCAGAACAACAGGUUGAAACAGGAGAACAUGGCCCUGAAGCUGGCUUGCCACAGGUCCGGAGUCAAGGAGCCCAUACCGGAGGGGAACUACACUCCUCCACACAGCGAUAUCUCCUCACCAUACCAUUCACCACAUGGAAUUGACAGUGAUUCACCAUCAUCACCGGAGUAUAAGGUGGAAGAAAAGUACUCCAAAAUUGUUAUGGGCAUGGGAGAUCACUCUCGCUUGGCACUUUGUGCUUUCAUGGUGGGAAUUAUAGCGUUCAAUCCCUUCAGUUCCUUCUUUGGAGGCUUAGUAUCGGAAUCUCCAACCACUGGAGACUUUUCGGCGAGGAUUGAUCAGAGGAGGAUAUUAUCUGAAGAUGAUAUCAGCUACAGUGGUGUAUCCUGGAGUGCAUGGAUAUUGAACAUGUUCCUUAUUUACUUUAUAAACAUCGUGAUUCUUGGAGGGUGUCUCAUAAAACUUCUCGUUUAUGGCGACUCCGUACCGAAGUCUCAAUCGAAGGAGGCUGGACUGUUCUACCAGCAUAAACGUCAAGCGGAUAACUUUAUUAUGAAGAACGACCUCUCAAACGCUAGACUGGAGUUGCACCGCGCGCUGGCCGUGUGCGGCAAGAGCGUGCAGGCGGGGGGUCAGGGCCGCGCCAGCUACCCCGCGCUGGCGGCCGCCGUGCUGCGCCAGCUGCUGCAGCGCCUGCCCGGCGGCGGCGUGCUGGCGCGCCGCGCGGGCGACCUCUGGCAAGACAGCCCAGCCAGAAGGGCCACGCAGCAAUGGGCCGGCGAAGUAUCCAGCGUGUCCCACCGGCUCGCGCAACUAGAAAUGGUCUCCCAGCACAGCGGGAGCAGCGAGCGCGUACUCUUAGCCCUACAGGCCGUGAACUUAGCCGAGGUGACGGGCAACCGGCGCCUGCUGGCCGACACCUACGUCACGGCCGCGCUCGUCUUCAAGGACCACAUGCCGAGGAUCGGCCAAUGGCUGUGCGGAUACUAUCUCCGGCUGUGCGCGUGCUCGUGCACGGACUCGUGCGUGACGGUGCCGGUGCGGCUGCGCUGGGUGGGCACGGCGCGCGGGCAGCGCUUCCUGCGCGCGCGGCGCUGGAGCUACGAGCAGCAGAGCUGCCUGUUCAGCCGCGUCACGGCCCGCGCGGACCCGCUCGCGCCCGCUAUGAGGGCUUACCACCUCGAGCUGCUACAGAAGAGUCUACAGAUGCUGCUGGUCGCGGACGAGCGCAGCAACACGCGGGACGUACUGGAACUGGUCAAACUGAUCACUGACGACGUCUCCACCGACGCGCCGCAGCAUACAGGAUGCUGGGACCCGGUCAUGGAGUGGUGGGCGAACAUAGUGGGCGUGGCCGCGACGUGGCUGCUGGCCGACACGGGCAAGGCGGCCGAGAUCGGCGACCGGCUCAACCUGCUGCCAGAGUCGUUGGCUCGCUGCGAGGACCCUUUGCCUGGGGCUCUGCACAUGGCGUAUAAAAGCCGCCGUGGCCUACUGAGCUUGGUGCAUUGCCGCGAUGCAGCGUCUUUGGAGAGAACCGCCGAGACCGUACUUAAGGUGUGCGACAUCGCUGGAGCCCGGCUAGCCGACUCGCUGGCUUACUACUGCUGCCGGAAACCAACUCAACUUAUGCUGCUGAUGCAAGUGCUGUGCUGCGACUGGGUGCUAGAGGUGCGCGCCGGCGUGUGGGAGGCGACGGGGGCGGACGGCGAGCCGGCGCCCGCCGCGCAGCUGCACUCCUUCCAGCGCGACCUGCACUCGCUGCGCCGCCUCGAGCGCGACCUGCCCUGGGUGUCCGGGCGAGUGUUCCUGCAGUCGGCCGUGUGCCGCAUGAUGGCGGGCGCGGCGCCGCGCCGCACGCAGCAGCUGCUGGACGGCAGCCUGCGGCCGCGCCUGCACCGCUCCUCCGUCAUCUGCGGGAAGGAGCGCGCGCUGGAGGGAGGCGGCGGGUCUGGCGAGCGCGCCGUGGCGCUGUACAUGGCGUGCCGGCACCUGCCGCCCGCCGUGCUGGCCGCGCCCGGCGAGCGCGCCGGCAUGCUCGCGCAGGCCGCCGCUACGCUUCAGAAGAUCGGCCACCGCUCCCGCCUGCCGCACUGCUACCAUCUCAUGAAGUCCGUCAGCACUCUGCCCUCGGCGCCUUGAACAAUCGAAUACAUACCUACGUCUAACUUUUUUAUUU